GCGGUUCGGGCCCAAGGGCAGAGCCCCCAAGCAGGGCGCGGCCACUGCUCGGCGCGAUCUCUGGGGCGGCACCGGAGCUCGGCCCUCCGAGAUGGGGGCGGGAUUUUAGAAAGAAGCCCCGGACUUGGCGAGUGGAUGCCGCCGGGGCUUGUCCUCGCAGCCUCUGCAGCCGCGGGUCUGUCUGCCCAGGCGCGCUCCCACUCCUAGACUUAAUUCCUGAUUCCUUCAGUGCUGCUCGCCAGAGGACCCGGUUGCCAUGGUGAAGGAGAAAGUGGCCCACCCGCAGGACCCUCACCACCCAUCCGAGAAGCCAGUCAUUCACUGCCAUAAAUGUGGGGAGCCGUGCAAAGGUGAAGUGCUUCGGGUCCAGACCAAACAUUUCCACAUCAAAUGUUUCACCUGCAAAGUGUGCGGCUGUGACCUGGCGCAAGGGGGCUUCUUCAUCAAGAACGGGGAGUAUCUGUGCACCCUGGACUACCAGAGGAUGUACGGGACACGCUGCCAUGGCUGUGGGGAAUUCGUGGAAGGAGAGGUGGUGACCGCCCUGGGCAAGACGUACCAUCCCAACUGCUUUGCUUGCACUAUCUGCAAGCGCCCGUUUCCACCUGGAGAUCGCGUCACAUUCAAUGGGAGAGACUGCCUCUGUCAACUCUGUGCGCAGCCAAUGUCAUCCAGCCCUCAAGAAGCCUCCUGCUCCAGCAAUUGUGCUGGCUGCGGAAGAGAUAUCAAGAACGGGCAGGCGCUGCUGGCGCUGGAAAAGCAGUGGCACUUGGGGUGCUUUAAAUGCAAGUCCUGCGGGAAGGUCCUCACCGGGGAGUACAUCAGCAAGGACGGCGCUCCGUAUUGUGAGAAGGACUACCAGGGGCUCUUUGGGGUGAGAUGUGAAGCCUGUCAUCAGUUUAUCACAGGGAAGGUGCUGGAGGCAGGUGACAAACAUUACCACCCCAGCUGUGCACGAUGCAGCAGAUGCAACCAGAUGUUCACAGAAGGAGAGGAAAUGUAUCUUCAAGGUUCCACCGUUUGGCAUCCCGACUGUAAGCAAUCUACUAAGACUGAGGAAAAGCUGCGGCCAAACGUUCGUCGUUCUUCAUCCGAUUUCUUUUAUCCCAAAAGUCUGAUUCGACGCACAGGACGGUCUCCGUCUCUGCAGCCCACCAGGACUUCCUCGGAAAGCAUUUAUUCUAGACCAGGCUCCAGUAUCCCUGGCUCGCCAGGUCACACUAUCUAUGCAAAAGUGGACAACGAAAUCCUGGAUUACAAGGAUUUAGCAGCCAUUCCCAAGGUCAAGGCAAUUUAUGAUAUUGAACGUCCAGAUCUUAUUACCUAUGAGCAUUUCUACUCUUCGGGCUAUGAUGACAAACAGGACAGACAGAGCCUGGGAGAGUCUCCAAGGACUUUGUCUCCUACUCCAUCAGCAGAAGGGUACCAGGACGUUCGGGAUCGGAUGAUCCACCGCUCCACCAGCCAGGGCUCCAUCAACUCCCCCGGGUACAGCCGCCACAGCUAUACCCCAACCACGUCUCGCUCUCCCCAGCAUUUUCACAGACCCGAGCUGCUGUCUCCUGGUGUGCAGAGGUUGUCCCACCUGCGCACCAGCAGCCUCAGCUCCACCCACAGCGACUCCCGCCCCAACUCCCCCUUUCGACACCACUUCAUUCCCCAUAUCAAAGGCAAUGAGCCGUGCAGCGGCCGGAACUCCCCUCUCCCUUACCGGCCAGACAGCCGCCCUCUAACUCCAACUUACGCUCAGGCCCCUAAACAUUUCCAUGUUCCAGAUCAAGGGAUCAACAUUUACCGAAAACCACCCAUCUACAAACAGCAUGAUGCAGCUGCCCUGGCAGCCCAGAGCAGGUCUUCAGAAGACAUCAUCAAGUUUUCCAAGUUUCCAGCAGCUCAGGCUCCAGACCCCAGCGAGACACCAAAGAUUGAGACGGACCACUGGCCUGGUCCCCCCUCACUUGCCGCCGUAGGAGCUGACAUGAGACGCAGAUCUAGUGGCAGAGAGGAAGAUGAUGAGGAACUUCUGAGACGCCGGCAGCUUCAAGAAGAGCAGUUAAUGAAGCUCAACUCAGGCCUGGGGCAGUUGAUAUUGAAAGAAGAGAUGGAGAAGGAGAGCCGGGAGAGGUCAUCCCUGUCAGCCAGUCGCUAUGAUUCUCCCAUCAACUCAGCGUCACGUGCUCUGUCAUCAAAAACCUCUUCUCUCCCAGGCUAUGGAAGAAAUGGGCUUCACCGGCCUGUUUCUACAGACUUUGCUCAGUACAACAGCUAUGGGGACGUCAGUGGCGGAGUGCGAGACUACCAGACCCUUCCAGAUGGCCACAUGCCUGCAAUGAGAAUGGACCGAGGAGUGUCUAUGCCCAACAUGUUGGAACCAAAGAUAUUUCCAUAUGAAAUGCUCAUGGUGACCAACAGAGGGCGCAACAAAAUCCUAAGAGACGUGGACAGAACCAGGCUGGAGCGUCACUUAGCCCCAGAAGUGUUUCGGGAAAUCUUUGGAAUGUCCAUACAGGAGUUUGACAAGUUACCUCUUUGGAGACGCAAUGACCUGAAGAAAAAAGCGAAACUCUUCUAAAUCCUACACGUAGACAGCAAUUAGCAAAAGGACUGACAAUGGCGGUGACACAUAGGAUGUUGUAUUAAGGCCCAAACUGGACUGGAGAAUUUGCAAACUACUAUCCCUCAGCAACAACAAAAAGGGAAAAUCUGAUUAAAACCUACAAAGCCAAAUAUUGAGCCGACCGACGGCAACACUUGCCAGGAAGCAAUGGGGUAGAAAUUUCUAUGUUCCCACACUUGACAGUCGUGUUCACAUGUGACCUUUUUACAUCACCACAUGUAUACAACAGGAGCUACUUCUUUUGUUUUCUUUUAACUGUUGUCCAACAAUUGUGCUGACUGUGUGGAUAAGUGCCAGCAAGUGCCCUUAGGAUGCCGCAUGGAAAAAAGCAGUUGUAAUAAUUCCAAAGUAUGAAUAUAUUUAUUAUGUAGCACUGUGGCUAAGAAGGAAGAGCCUGAGGGACAUAUCCAUGUGGUAGAGCCAUUUUGCACACACCUUUCCUCACUGGCCUCACGCAGCUCUGCCUGCACCCCAGCAGGAUGGAAAUCGGUCGGGGAACCCGGCAGAUCUGGUCGGGUGGGCUGAAUAGCAGACCGAGUAAUUUCUAACAAGCUCCUUGUUCUCUGCUCUUUGCUAGGACCUGGCUGGUAAAGGACUUAGCUAUUAUUUAAAAAGAAUUUUUUUUUUAAGAGAAAGAGAGGGAAAAGGAAUGAAAGGAAAACCUCCCUUAACUCUUUUUCUGCAUCAAAUAGUGUGCUUUCUUCUUCCUCCCCACCAAGGACAGGAGCUGUCUCGGGGGGACCCCUUUGCAAAGAAAGGAAAAAAAGCAUUUUCUCCAGAUUGGCCCAGCUGCAUGCUGGUUGAUGAUUUUAGCACAGGGGCCGUAGCACUCUAGGCAAAAAAAAAAAAAUAGUUCCGUGUCCUCCCACUGCAAGUUCUUGCCUCUGCUCUAUAUCUGGCAUCCUCUCAUUCAGAUCAAGCCCACGCGGAUUUUGGUUUUUUUAAGGUCUUUUCAGUGGUAGGCUAAGGAAAGGCAUGUUUUUCCAUUUUAAGUCCCUGCAACUCCAAGAUAGAUUGCCUCGAACUGAUUUAAUUUGGCCUUUUCAGCUUGCCUUCUGGCCUAGCACUGUGGACUUCAUGGUUUGUGUGUAUGGAUGAAUGUGUGUGUGUUUUAAUUCACCCAGGGUAGUUUCGUGAGUCUGCACGUGCUUUUUAAUUUUAUUUCUGCUUGAAUGCUCAUCCCACUGUGCUGCAGCUUCCAAGGGACAGUGGCACAGGUGUGCGUGACUCAAAGAUCAAGAGUGAGGCCAAACUGUAUCCCCGCCACUACAUUCUCCGUGGGAGGGCGUUGGUGCUUGGAAGCCAGCACACUCCAUCACUGACGUAACUCGGGCCCGCAUCAGACGGAAGAGCACAGGCCUAGGAUCAGGCUGUGUGUGGGAUCAGAGCAUCUCACCAGAGCCCUCAACUUGUCAACACAAGUUGAGUGUCUAGGAUUUCACCCGAACUUUCGUCUCAGACCACAUCGUGAUUCCUGAAAGCCAGUGGCUGUGACUCCAACGGGAUGUGAGUCAGAUGAGGGAGAGGAUCUGCAGCCCCACCCGCAGGAGGUCAGGUCACAUGUAUUCUGCUCUGGGGCUCUGCUAAGGAGUUUAAGCUCGGUUUUAAAGCCAAAGGAGAGAACAAUUCACCUGCCUAUGCCACUGAUGAUAAAAGCUCAGAAAUUCUUCCCGCUACCGGCACCAAGGAUGAGGAUUGGUUAGUAGCUGACACCAGGGGCAAAAGCAAGGAGAAUAGUUUCUGAACCUGUGCUGCAGACCCCAACCUCAUGACACACUCCAUCAGCUGGGUGUUGAAUUGAGCACUGUAAUUGCUUUAUGGUAUUCUCCUGCAGUCUUCCCAGAGGCAUCUGAAUUUGCCUGUCCUUUCAGUGCUAGGCACUGAAUGUUUGAGGACUGUUCUCACAAAUUCGUGUGUGUGUGUGUCUGUGUGUGUGUGUGUGUGUGUUGGACCUACUAACAUAUUUUGCAAACAGCUCUGAUGGGAUGGACCUGAGGAGACCAGCUCUUCCUUGCAGUGUUGUCCCUUCGUAUAUCAAUUGCCUCUUGCUUCAUCUGAGGUUUCCACUGUCCAUCUUCUCUCUGCCUCGGCACGAUGCCUGGGUGUCCUAGUGCUAGCUUUGUCUGGCAAAGUGUACGGGGUGGGGACUAUGGUGUAUUCCCAGUGCUUCCCUGCCACAAUCAAUGACAGGGAUGGUGCAGUAGGUCCCAGGGCUAGGCUGGGGAGAGAUUUUUUUCAUUGUGGGGAUAAUAAAGGACCCUCAAUGUUUUCAUCAGUUAAUGAGUUAUGAGCCAUGCACAUGCAGAUCAAAUGUCAGUAUAAGAAAAAUUGCAAUGAUAGUUAACUGAAUCCAAAAUCUGUUCCCACUAAUAAAACCCUACUUUUCUUGUAGCUUUUGAAUUCAGUUCUGCAUCCAACUUAGCGGGGAGAGAGGAGGUCCUUUCCAUAUCAAGUGUAUUAGCAAAUUUAAACAGCACAAUGCAAAAAUGUGUUGCCAGAAAACCUCAGUCACCUCCUGCCUGCCAGCAGAGCAGUGCUGUGCUCUGGGGAGAGGGCACUGGAAGUUGCAAUGCAGAAUGGGUUCCCCCAACUCCACUCCCCAGCAGAAGGUUCCCCCUAGAGGGAUGGGUUCUGGAGCUCUCUGUUUCUCCCAACUGCCAAGUCUCUGUGGGCUACCAUGCCCUAUCCAUUUUGCUAAACUGGGCUCAGCAUGCUUGUCCCCAAAAUGUCCGGGUCACUGCACAGGAGAUAGUGUUCUCUGCUUGAUCCCUGCCCUGCGCUACACGUAAGAAGUCCAGUUAUUAACAGUCAAAUGAACAGGGAUUGUUCACUCCAGGAAGGGAAUCAUGCACAUGGCAAGCUUCCCCAGUACAUACGUAAAGGGCUACAUUUUUGAGUGUUGGGCUUACUUGUGAUGCUUUAAGCACCGCUGAUGGCAGGAAGUAAAAGAGGCCUCUAUGGCAAUAUGAAAGUCAGUGCUUCCUUUAAAGUUUCUUCCAGAAAAGCCAGGAUGCCAUCUAGUCUUCCUGUGUGACUUAGGAUGAGACACAGAGCGCAUCUGGAAACUUGCAUAGCUGGCUAUGCAUCUACCUUGUGGUUUGGGUGAGUUAUGAAACAUUCUUGAUGUGAUUGCUUCAAUAGGUAAAGAUCAAUUGCCCGUUCUCUGAAACCUCAAACAGAAAAGCUAGAGUUAAUAGGUAAAAAGUUGCAAAAAAAAGUGGUUUUUAUCUGCCCUGUCUUCUAGGCUCUUCCUCCUUCUCCCAAUUCUGUUGUUUCCAAACUGAGUUUCCUCUUCUGAGGUGAGGCUGCAGCAACUCUUUUCAACUCUCCUCCCCUCAGUCUGGUUAUGUCAAUCAACUCCACUUGGAGAAGUCUUGCUGGAAAUGUUUAUAAAACUUUCUCCUAGUUUCUUUACACUUUAAAAGCAAACACCUUUUUCUAAAGAAUUGCUUCUCAGAUGAUUAUAUAAAAUGUAUACGCUUUUGCAAGUUUAAAAAAUUCAAAUUAACCACUUUUGACUAGGUAGGUCUUUCUAAAAACUCUUCAAAGCGGACUUGGUGUUAGUGUUCUCUCGUUCUCCUGCCUGUUGAAGGGGCAGGCGACCCUCCAGGCUCUGGGCUCACAGAGCCUCUUUCUGACUGUCUUGAAAGAUGGUGGAAGGAAAAUGAACUCUUCAUCACCAACUCUUCUGUGUCCUCUGAAGCCAGCUCAGUUCUUACCUUUCUGUAUUUCUGGUCACUGUUUAAUCUGUUUCCUAGGCCAGCCUUGAUUUUAUUUGAUUUGUCAAAUUAUUUUCUUUUACAAACCAAGUGUUUGUCAGUAUUCCCUAAAACUCACUCAUAGUGCUCUCUUCUGAAGAAUGUUCUGUUCAGAAAAAGAGAUUAUUUGGGGCUUGAGAUUUGCAAUGGCACCAUCUUAGAGUACAUUAAGGAAACUACGCAACUGUGUUGUAAUGAAAAGAAAGAGAAACUUUGACAUUUUAAGAAAAUUCCUAUCUUUCCAUUUGCUGCCCAGGAAGCAGUGGGGAGAUGGAGACUGACACGCUUUGCUUAUGGAUUUUUGUGUUUUUAUUUGGCCAUUUAAUGUAUGGUAAACUCAAAAAGAAAGGGGGAGGUGGUCAGUUUAAGCUGAAAGGAACUUUCCAAACAAUGUAUGUGUACACAGCAGAGUUGAACAAAUCCAACAUUUUUUGAUGCUUAGUAUAAUUGAGUGGCAAUUGUUACCAUUAAAUAAAAUUCUUCCCAAAAGUGUCUCUUGCCCAGAAUGAAGAUCCCUUGAGUCAUUUUCUGAGCCCAUUCUCCAAAGGCAGGAGACAAUAGCGUAUACGCUAACAUUCAGAGAGGCAGUGAGCCACUGCAUGAUUGUAUACGCGUUUGUUUCUCUACGGAAGAGAAAACGAAUGUCCGCAGAAUUGAUGUCCUUUGGGGGUUUGGUGUACACACCCGUCCAGUAAUAAAUGUGUGUGGUUUCUGUGAGUUGCUGACAAUCCUGCAUCGAAGCUCUCGCGGUUCUUUCAUUUUAUGUUGGGUUUAUGGCGUUUUCUAUUCAAGUGUCAGAAGGCACACGGUUCUUCCUGCCCCCCAACCCCCACCCUCCCCUUUCAGACUAUGAAAGCAAAUAUUUGGAAGAACCGCUGUUUAAAAGAUGUGUCGUGUCCCCGUGAAAGUGAGUGGGUGGGUCCGUCUGCACCCCGAGUACCGUGUGCUAGCACGCAGAGGCGGUGUGGCCCGCUGGCCCCAUGUCGCUGUGCUUUGUGAUUGCCACCUGCCCCGUGCUCCUGUUGCAGGCAGCACCUGCCCCCCGAUCCGCGCUGCGCUCUGCAUCGCUGUUGUACUCACAACUCUGUGAAUAAAGUGUGUGCUUUAUUCGUAAA